UUGUUUUCGUUGUGUGCUCUAUCUGUCAUCUAUUUCCCACGAUAUUUCCGAAAGCGGUUAUCAUUUUCAUACUCACUGUUGGUAAUUCAUUUUAACGCUUUUGUUUACUAUCAGCGGUAGAUUGUGUGAUUGCUCGUUUUGCAAACAAGUUUAGUUUUAAUUGAAAAUAAAGGUUUGUCUGUAUAAAGAAGGCAUUCAAACAUGACUCCAUACGUACCGGUGCAAUACCGGGAAGUUGCCAUGCGACAACUUUCAUCCAACUCCAGCAAAUGGAGGGAGAUCAGUAUAAGUACCGGUGGAAUUCAUAACAUGUUGCAGGAUGUGAAGACCUCUGAACAGUGCGGAGGAUAUUGCUUCGCUGAGAGGGAAGAUUACCGGCCCAACAGAUUUGUAUAUUGGCGAACGUCUGGUGAUUCCAUUUAUUUAUGCGAAGUGAGCAUGAAUUUGAAUUUGGGAAAUAAUCAGCUGAGAAUCAGCUUCGACGAAAGUCCUAUUUUGUCGGUUGAAAUAAGCGGCAAUCGGCUACAGGUAUUUUUGUUGAUAGUAACCGUCACAAGUAUACAUCGCAUUGUGCUGAAACACCCGAAAGCCAACAGUGUCAAUCCGGAUGGAGCUCACGAAUCAGUUCUGUCUUCGAUAACGAAAGAGCAAAUAUGUGAUACAACAUCUUUCUACGUGAUCAGUAACGACAUUGGUCAGUGUUUGCCAAACAUUGCUGCUGCUCACAGAGUUGAGUACGAUGAUCAUGAGAGUGACGCUUUUUACGCAGUUUCAACCGUUUCCGCUCUCUAUCUUUUUCAAAUGGGGAGCCUCGGAGGUGUUAAAAUGACCGAGCUAAAACAUAACCAGCUAAUUUCCAGAUUGUUUUCGAACAUAACCGACGCAUGGAGAAAAAAGAAUGCUAAUGCACCAGACCAGAUUGUAUCCUUAAUGUUUGGGGAAAUUGAUGGUAAUUUUGUGUUGUACGCUUUUUAUCGGAACAAUAUUGCACGAGUGUGGUCAACGAAUGGUUCUUGCAUUGGGGUAGAGUGCAUGGUAAAACAUGUCGAUCAGCGGUUGGAGGGAUCUCAAACUACAAUGGUUCGAAAAUCUGCUUCACUAAUCGGAGUAUUUUUGGCAUACUCCGAAUGCUCCGAGUUUUUAUUAUUUAGGCCACUGUUGGAUGAAUCUGGAAAUGUUUCUUUGGUGAAAGAGUCGAUCAUUUUGGCUCCGAAUUAUGAUUUAAUUGACUAUAAAUUGUCAGAUCGAGAUAUUUUGGCCUUGUGGUGUAAUGCAGAAGGCGAAAUGCAAGUACUGACUUAUGCGUUGAACAGUGAGUCAACAAACUUUUGGUUACCGAUCCCGCUUGAAACAACCGACGAUAAAUAUACGGCUAAAUUAGAGAAAGGAACUGAUCUUAAAUACGUGUAUUGCAACCGGAUUUUUCAUUCUGGGAAGUUUCACAAUAAUGUUAUUGCAAAGACACUUUCGAUGUUCAACAGAAGCUUCAGCAAUACCGGUUCCAUUAUCUCGAUGGCCGCAUUAAAACGACAUGUUUGUAGUUACAUCGAUGGAGAGUUGCAGAAUGAACGAAAGAUGCAAAACAUAACCGACGAAGAGUUCAUUGAGUUAUCCUCUACAUUAUGGGAAAAAUUUUAUAUGUGCUGUUCGCAAUACAACUUCGAAGCGUGCCAACCGAUCGGAAUGCUUAUCCUGGAGGAUAUGAACAUCUUCUGUUUGAUCAGAAAAAAAAUAAUUUCAUUUUUCCGACCAUGCGAUGAGCUGGAGUUGCUAUUUCUUUCGGAGAACUAUCCGGGAAGUGUGAGCAGCGAUGCUGUAGGAGAACGGUCUAUACUACAGGAUGUUUCGGUUCUGGUGCGAGUUCUGAAACAGAUCGACAAAUUUGUGCCCGAGGAUGACAAAAUAGAGAUCGAGUCUUGUUUGUUUCAACUACGUUCGACCAAAGACGUGAUGGAAACGAUCGCUGGAUCGCAGUGUUUUGGAAAUCAGUGUACUUUAACAUCCGUUAUUCAGUCCAUCGAAGAUCUACCCAAAGCCAUGGCGGUUGUGCUUCAAAAAUUGAAACUUGAUUACGAAUCGGAUAUGGAUUCAAGUUUUUAUUCCAAUGCGAGAAAUUUACCAUUCGGUGGUCUGCUUGGAGUGCAACUGUUGACGGAGACAGUGCGACAGAUGAUACAGCUGCGCUAUAUGGUCGUUAGAAAUUUGAUUGUCCUGCAGCACCUGCUACUGAACAAUUUCGCGCUGAACUGCAAUGCAAUGGAAAUCAUCCGAUCCAAAUGUAUCCCGGAUAGUGAGGUCUUUCUGCAAUCUUACUACGUGAUGAAUUGGAUUGCCGAAUCAACAGUGGAUUAUGCUGCUGUUCGAAGCAAAUCAUUGGAAAGCGAUGCGUCGCUGGUCAUUGGACAGGAGGAAGCUUAUAGUUUUGAGUAUAUCUCUUUGCUGCAUUUGUUUGUUGCCACUAGGGGACUUAAAACCAGUAUGGCCAGUGGAGCGUCUCAGCAUUUUAUGGAAAACUCAGAAUGGUCCUCCGUUCUGUUGGAUAUUUCUAAUCGAUUGCUUCGCCUGAUAUGGCCCGUGGCAGGAGAUUUUACAUUCGGACAAUGGUUGAUGCAAGGAGAAAUGCACAUUUUUAUUGAAGAAUACGUGCGACUACUGAAAUCCUGGUGUGAAUGGAAUAAUUGCUCCCGUAACUUCAUUUUGGCCAAAUCCUAUUUGAUGAAUGGUGAGAACGCAAAAUCUUUGGAUCUCUUUCCGCAAUCAGCCAAGGGUAUCUUCAAUGAGCCAUAUUUGAUUAAUUUCACUAAACCAUCGGACUCCUCGUCGAUUCCUCCUGAUGAGAUGCUGAGCAUUUUCUAUUUGAAAGUGAUCCGCUUGUUCGAGCACUAUGGUGCCUACGAUUGUAUCAAUGUACUCGCGCAGAUAGCAAUUGGUACAUCGGUGCAAAGCAAACAGCAAGCAAUGUUUCAAAGUAUUGACUUCAGCAGUCACAUGGAGUUGGGUCAUUACGAGGAAGCGUACCACGCACUGGUAUAUAACUGUGAGCCAACGCGCAAAAAGGACUGUCUGAGACAGCUGGUUUGGCGUUUGUUCCAGGCGAAAAAGUUCAACAUUCUAAUCGAUCUUCCUUACUACGGGUUGGAGAUGGAUUUUCAAAACAUCAUGGAAAUGCACGCUCGUUCAGUGGAAAUAACUGAGAAUAGUCAUUAUGACUUUUUGUACUCGUAUUUUAUUCUGAAAGGAAAUAUGCGAAAAGCUGCUCUAAUAUCGUACGAAAAGGCCAUGAGAUGCCAGCUGGAAUGCAAUUCUCUCAUAUUCGUGAAAAUGCGUUGUGAAUCUUUGUUGAAAUGUGUCAAUGCAUUGAAUCUAGUAGCACCGGAUUACGCUUGGAUUGCUAAACCAACUGUUUUCAAAGAAAAUAAGACUCAGGAAGAACGGGAAACUCAGAUCGUCGUUAUAAGUCUGGCUGACGUUCGGAAGGAACUUAUGGUAACGGAGGCUGUGCUGGAAAUUUCCAAACAACUUGAAGACUACAAAGCGGUGCUCGAUGUGGAUACUGCGGAACUAAUUGUUAUUCUGGCAAAUGCCAAACUAUAUGCUACUGCUUUCAAACUCGCACAUUCUCUCGGAAAGAGUGUACUGCCGGUGUAUGAAAGUUUGGCAAGUGCGUGCGUGAUGUGUGCCAUGCAGGACACAGCAGACAGCUGGGAAUGGUUGCACAAAAACAAUCUUACGGAAUCAGUCAUCAGCAUUGAUAGUACAAGUACAGCGUGGAACUAUUUGCAUUAUUGCCUAUCGAACGAAACUGAGAAUCAGGAUGCGUGUCAUGUAUCGGUGAUGAAUCAAAUUAUUUCGAAAAAUGCAUUUCCUCCGCAGUGGUUGACUGAUUAUUGUAUGAACAAAACACCAACAAAAUUGCUGCAGAUGUACGUGAAUUAUGGCAGGCUGGAAGAAGCGUAUGAAAUAGCUGUGAAACUAAUUCAACCCCAGCUGAUCAGUCGAAGUUCGAUAACAUCACUUCAUCUCAACCGGUUUCUACUCCCAGUAACGUUGAUCGAUCGAUUGCAGUACGAGCUGCGCAAGGAUUCAAAGUUCCAGAAGCAAACUCAUGUUUUAGGGCAGCUAAUAGAUUGCAUCGCGAAAUAAGUUGUUUUGAAGCCAAACAUAAUGAUAAGACAUCUGUGUUCGAAAUAAAUGUAUCACAAAUUUUGUAAUGCGUGGUAAAGUUGAA